GAUGUGGCCACAUGUGAAGGGAAGCGACCUGAUUAAUCGUGCGCCUAAGAUUUUCCUCCAGUUCCACCAACCAAACAAGUUGAUUCGCAUUCUCACAAACCACCGCGCCCAGCCCAGCUGAAUGAAUUCCAAUCCGCCGCCCUCCCAGCUCUCCGAUGCCUCCGCCAAGAAGGUCCGGAAGCCCUACACCAUUACCAAGUCCAGGGAAAGCUGGACGGAAGAAGAGCACGACAAGUUCCUUGAAGCUCUCCAUCUAUUCGACCGUGAUUGGAAGAAAAUUGAAGAUUUUGUUGCCUCAAAGACAGUAAUUCAGAUUCGGAGUCAUGCACAGAAGUACUUUCUAAAGGUUCAGAAGAAUGGAACAGUGGCUCAUGUUCCUCCACCUCGGCCUAAGAGGAAAGCUUCUCAUCCAUAUCCACAGAAGGCACCCAAAAAUGUUUUGGUGCCCCUGCAAGCAUCAAUGGCUUGUCAGUCUUCUUCUGUGAAUUCUAUAGCACACGGAUAUCCGACAUGGGAGGAGGCUUCGGUGCUUGUGAACAAUGAAGUGCCUGGAAGCAUGCCAUCUGAAAAUGAAUACAAUUAUCUUGGAGUUGAAGCUGAUAUUGGAUCAAAGGGGGUUACAACUAUUAGUAACUGCAGCAUGAAUGCCUUUGGAAGUUCCCCGAGAGCAACACCAAGUUCUGAGUUGCCAAAUCAGGGAAAGCAAGGCUCUAUUCAUGGUAUUCCAGAUUUUUCUGAAGUCUAUGGCUUCAUCGGUAGUGUCUUUGAUCCAGAUAGCAAAGAUCAUGUACAAAAACUCAAGGAGAUGGAUCCGAUAAAUUUUGAAACUGUCUUGUUAUUGAUGAGAAACCUGACCUUAAAUUUGUCCAAUCCUGAGUUCGAACCAAUUUUCAUUAGGGCAGGCUAUACAUAUUGUUAAGAGUAUUUUGAGCUGAUACAAACACUCCAAUGAAUCAAUGAGUUCAACGGAGGCACUUAGAGGUUGGCAAUAGAAGGAUCAAUUACAACGAGCAAGAAGCCGUUGCAUGGAGCAGUUGGAGAUCAGUUACACAAACUGAUCUUACUCUAUCUUACACUCCCUAUAAAUAUUGCCGUAAUCCAAAGAGCUCAUUGAGAAGAAACGAGAGAAAGAAAUCAGCUGAGGGAUCAUAACAACAAUCUAUGGCUAGAGUGAGAGAUACACACUAUCUUUGUGAGGAACUAGCUUGUAUAGUCUUCGGUGUGAUAUGAGUUCAUAUGCGAAGAGGGAGUAGCUUGUUCUUGAGUGUGUGAUCUUGUUGUAUGAUUGUAGUUCUUGAUCGUGAUUGAAGUAAAUCGAUUCGUUAUUCUCCCGUGGACGUAGGCUUACGCCGAACCACGUAUAUCCUCGUGUUCUUGUUGUUCCAUUUCGUUUUUGCUCCGAUCUCGAUUUCCAACAAAUGGCGCCGUCUGUGGGAAAGAGGAGAAUCGUUGGAAGAAGUCAGAGAUCAGUUUGAAAAUGGAUGGGCAGCGGUCUUGGAGAAGGAGAUUGCGUUCUUGAUCACGUCAGUUGAAGGGGACGAAGGUGUGGUCGGUUUUGGUUCGUGCAGCUUUGAGCGAUAUUGUUGAGAAGUUUUCUGCAUUGGCGAUUCAUUGUGGAGAGAGCUCGAGGGUUCAUCGAUCAAGAAAGAGGGAAGUUCUUGGUGAUCGUUGGUGUAGCUCGCUCAAUGAUCGUUGCUCAUAUUGAUGGUCCAUAAUGGGAUCGAGUAUGGCGAUAUGCAACUCAUUUCCGAGGCCCAUGAUGAUGUUGAUGGAUAUUGAAGCCCACAAGAGCCUUGAUGAGAUGAUGAUCAGAGGCGGAGCAUACCUCUUGGAUGAUGCAAUGAUGGUGUUCGACGAAAUGCCGGAGAGUAAUGUGAUUACUUGGAUGAUAGUGAUCGCUAGGCACGUCGAAAAUGGGCGGUCGAGCUGGCAGAGGGCGUUGAAGGUUUACGAGUGGAUGAAUCUUCGCUGUUGGUAAGCGCUGAAUGCUAGGAUGCUGGCCACGAUUCUCUCUGUGCUUGGGAAAUGGUGGUUGCGCGUAAGGUGUUCGAUGAAAUUCGGGAGAGAAAUGUGUUUUCCAAUUUUCGAUGAUUUGGAGAGUUUGCAGGGGCUGUGAUGAUGUCGCUCAUGAGUUCCAGCAACGACGACCAGGUGGUACCGCCGCUACAAUGGGAAAGAGACACCGUCGAAGAAGAUAAAAUCGCCGGUUGCGAGUGAUAUUUCUUUGCCCGGAGCUUUCGAAUUUGGCACAGUAGUUUCGAAUGUGGAAGUUGGUCGAGUUGGCGACGAUGAAUCAGAUGACACUAGGUUUAUCAGUAAUGUGAGUGAUUCUAGAAUUGCGAUUGAGAAUGAAGAAUUCUUGUUCCACGUUCUAUCCGGAUAGGCAAGCAAGAAGGCCUUGUCUUGGUGUUUUUGGGGACAGCAGCUAUGGGUGGUUCGAUCCGGCGGAGUUGAUUCCAUUUGAGGAGAAUUUUGCCCAGAAGUCAAUGCAAACUACAUCCCGGUCAAUCAUUAAGACGGUGGAGGAAGCUGCGGACGAGAAGGCCAGUGGAGAAGUGUUUGAGGGAUGCGAAGAAGCAUAAGAGCAACGUCGACGACGUCGUGAUCGUUAGCGAUUCGAGGAGGAUCCCGAAGGGGCAACAGCCAUGUUAUUUACUUCAAGAUUUUUGUUUGCGUUUGUUGAAUUGUCCGUGGGAGAGGUGCAACAGCCGUGUCAUCUUAAGCGAUGAAAGUGGUAAUAAUCUUGACAGAAAUUCGGUUAUCACUUAUGAGGGAUGUGUGAUAUCUCUAGGAAUCAGCAACUCCAAUUCUGAACGGGGAAGAUUCAGAUUAGGUGGAGGUUUUAUCGUCCGGUGGAGGCGAUCGUCCGGUGGGAGCAUUGUGGCUGAUCAAGGAAGUGAUAAAGGAGGAUCUGGGGAUGAUUCUUGGGGAUGAUUCUCGGAGUCAGGAUGCUGACAAGAAUAGUCAAGAUUGGCGCUACUCGGACAUGAGAUCGACAAAGAACAAGAUGAUCGAAAGAAGUGUUGUAUCAUCUCAAAAGGUGGAGGAUUGUUAAGAGUAUUUUGAGCUGAUACAAACACUCCAAUGAAUCAAUGAGUUCAACGGAGGCACUUAGAGGUUGGCAAUAGAAGGAUCAAUUACAACGAGCAAGAAGCCGUUGCAUGGAGCAGUUGGAGAUCAGUUACACAAACUGAUCUUACUCUAUCUUACACUCCCUAUAAAUAUUGCCGUAAUCCAAAGAGCUCAUUGAGAAGAAACGAGAGAAAGAAAUCAGCUGAGGGAUCAUAACAACAAUCUAUGGCUAGAGUGAGAGAUACACACUAUCUUUGUGAGGAACUAGCUUGUAUAGUCUUCGGUGUGAUAUGAGUUCAUAUGCGAAGAGGGAGUAGCUUGUUCUUGAGUGUGUGAUCUUGUUGUAUGAUUGUAGUUCUUGAUCGUGAUUGAAGUAAAUCGAUUCGUUAUUCUCCCGUGGACGUAGGCUUACGCCGAACCACGUA